UUAGAAUCCAAAACUUUCCCGCCAAAUUAAUGCCUGAAUUUAUUUUCAUAAAAACUCUACUACUGUCUUUAAAUUAGAAUGGAAGACGACACCAGCGAAAGACGGCCCAAGAGGGCAAAGAGAGACUCUUCAUACAAAGCCAAAGCUUUCGAAAAAUUCAAGCAACUAAAAAGUGGCCUUCGAAAUAAAUACGAAGUUGAGGAACUCGAAAAUGUUUACGACACAGUUGAUGAGAGGGAGUACACGAAAAAAGUGUUGGAUCGUCAGGACGACGAUUGGAUCGUCGACGACGAUGGUAGCGGUUAUGUGGAGGAUGGUCGCGAUAUAUUCGACGAUGAUUUGGAUCAUGCUUCAAUAGCUGCAGCUUCUUCCAAAAAAACCAAAGGUGUGAAACGGAAGAAAAAUGUGGCGGAGAACGCAGGUCGCGGAAAUUUACAAUAUCUCAUCUCGAAUAUGCCAACAAAGAAGAAAGAGGAAAAAAAGUUGGAGCAAGAUGAUGAUUUGGCCGAGCUUUUGGAAGAAAUUAAUGAAACUCCACGUGAAUCCAAACCGGCAAAUUUCUCCCCAUUGUCGGUGAAACAAGCCGAAAAAGACUACAUGAAUAAGCUAACUUCCGCGAAAAAACCAAUCAUAACUCUCAGUAAAACGCCAAUGAAAAAACCACUCAAGAUACCAACAGAAGAUUUACAACAAGAAACAAUUUUACCAGAAACUCAAAGUAGCGAACAAGUCGUUGAUUGUUUUGACGACGAUUUGGACCUGUCUCAAUUCGAAGAAUCUCAAACCCCCCAAAUUGAAGACAAACGGCAAGAUCCUUGGGAAAAUAUUGAAAAGAAAAUGUUAGAAGAAUGGUCCGUGUCUCAAGACACCGAAACCACAAUCGACUUGCAAAAUUCGGACCUUCCUCUUGUUAAAGUCAACGACAAGAGCGUUUUCAGAUUUUUCUGGUGGGACGCUUACGAAGACUCUUUCACACAACCGGGCGUCGUUGUCUUAUUUGGCAAGACUUACCACACAGAAACGAAAACCUUCGUGAGUUGUAGUGUUCUUGUGCGCAAUAUCGACAGGAGGAUUUUUUUUUUACCAAGACUGAAGGAAAACAAGACGGGGAAUCCGGUCACGUCCCAGGACGUCUACACCGAAAUCAAUGAAUUGAUGAAAAAUAAUGGGAUUAAAAAUUUCAAGGCUCGGCCCAUCACGAAAAAAUACGCUUUUGAUCGCGAAGUGCCCUUAGAGUCGGACUAUAUUGAAGUUAGAUAUUCGGCUAAAGAACCUCCAAUUGCUAAAACCAGUCAAGGGAGGACGUUUUCACGAGUUUUUGGUACCGAUACUUCAUAUCUUGAAAUUUUUUUACUCGAUCGUAAGAUCAAAGGACCGUGUUGGUUGGAUAUCACGAAUGCUAUACCGGAUUCGAAUCCAUCAACUUGGUGCAAUUUGCAUGUAAAUUGUGACAAAAUCUCCGAUGUUUCAAUAUGUGACGAAAUGAUUGAGCCACCACCUUUGGUCGUCACUGCACUUAAUAUGAGAAAGACUUUUAACCCUAAAACGGGACUAAAUGAAGUUGUGAUGCUGAGUCUUGUCACUAAUACCAGUUAUUCGGUGGAUAAGCAAGCACCUAGCGAAGCUUUUCAGAAACAUUGCUGUGUUUUCUACUGUCCCGACACCCAAGUCCUCAUAUCGGACCUGUUCAAUGCGAUGCAGGAUUGUAAAAUAACAACAUUGCAAAAAAUGAAUUCGGAAAAAGCCCUUUUGAACUACUUCAUCACCCAAUUUGCGAAACUAGACAGCGACAUAGUCGUUGGUCACGACCUACAAGGCCACCAAAUAAGCGUCCUAGCCGACCGAAUAUUCCACCACAAAAUCGCAAAUUUCAGUAAAUUGGGACGCAUUAGAAAAGCGACUGUUUCACGCCAAAAAAUCGAAAAAGAAUUAUUCGUUGGUCGACUCGUUUGCGAUGUUAAAACCGCAGCGAAGGAACUAAUCAGAUGUCGAUCGUAUGACUUGGGAAGUUUGUGUCAAACAAUCUUGAAAAUAAAAGACGAACAAAGGACCGAUUUGGAACCCGACGAUGUUCUUAAAAUGUUCAAAACGAAGGAGGAGCUCCUCAAACUUGUAUCCUUAACGAUGCAAGACACAGCUUUCAUUUUGAAAAUUAUGUACAAUUUGAAUAUAAUUCCCUUGGCCCUCCAAAUCACGAAUAUCGCCGGCAAUGUCAUGUCGAAGACUUUGAUGGGGGGGCGAUCCGAACGCAACGAAUACCUCCUCCUCCACGCCUUCACCGAAAAGGGGUACAUUGUCCCCGACAAAUCCUCCGGGAAAAGGGGCUUCACGGAGAAAUCCUCCAACAAAAAGGCCUCCUACUCCGGGGGUUUAGUCCUCGACCCCAAAAUCGGUUUCUACGACAAGUUGAUCCUCCUAAUGGACUUUAAUUCGCUAUAUCCGAGCAUUAUUCAAGAAUACAACAUUUGUUUCACCACGAUGCCUUUGCAUUUAGCUGAAGACAAUAUGGUACUCCCUGAUAAGAGCCUCCCAGGUGGUGUUCUCCCCACUGAAAUAAAAAAACUAGUGGAGAGUCGACGAGUGGUCAAACAAUUGAUGAAAAACCCCGAUUUGAGCCCCGACCAAAGAAUGCAAUACGACAUAAGACAGAUGGCGUUGAAACUCACCGCUAAUAGUAUGUAUGGGUGUUUAGGCUUCGCCAAUUCGCGGUUUUACGCUAAAAAUUUGGCAGCCCUGAUCACCCAUAAAGGCCGUGAGAUUUUAACAAAUACUAAAGACUUAGUCGAGAAAAUGAACUUUGAAGUGAUUUACGGGGACACUGACAGUCUUAUGAUCAACACAAAUAUAAUUGAUUUUGAUGAAGUCGCCCAAAUUGGUACAAAAAUCAAGCAAGAGAUCAAUAAAUUGUACCGACAAGUCGAGCUCGACAUCGACGGAGUCUUCAAAUAUCUUCUUUUAUUGAAGAAGAAGAAAUACGCCGCUGUGACUCUAAGUAGGGGCAAAGAUGGGGGCUUGAAGACCGAUGUUGAGUACAAAGGUUUAGAUAUUGUCAGACGAGACUGGUCAAGACUUGCCGCCGAAGCCGGCAAAUUCGUCCUCAAUCAAAUCCUAAGCGACGAAAGUAUCGAAAAUCGUUUUUUGAACAUCCUAACACACUUGACGCAACUUCGGGCGGAUUUACAGGACGGAAAAGUGCCACUUUCCCUGCUUGUUAUCACGAAACAGUUGUCGAAGAACCCAGAUCAGUAUCCCGACGCCACCACUUUGCCCCACGUUCAAGUGGCGGUGAYAUACAACAAACAGGGGGGGCACUACCGGAGUGGGGACACUGUCCCUUAUUUAAUCUGCGAUGAUGGUACGAAAAAUCCCGCCACGCAACGUGCCUACCACAUUGAGGAAUUGAAAAAUUCAGAAGAGUUGAAAAURGAUGUUAAUUAUUAUCUCGCUCACCAAAUCCAUCCAGUGGUGAGUCGGAUUUGUGAACCAAUUGAGGAUUUGGAUCUUGUUCAAAUCUCCGAUUGUCUUGGAGUCGAUAUCAGUAAUGUGAAAAAACUGAAAGUUGAUGAUGAUAUUGGAGAGAACGUUGUUGAUCCWCUAACUAAAUUUCGCGACGUCGAUAAGUUUAUAUUUAAAUGUUUUAAUUGUGGGGGCGAAAACAGCGUUGAUGGGCCUUUUAUCAACAAUCUUCCAGUGUUACAAAAGUGUCAGAAUUGUAAAGCAAGACCGGCCGAUUACGUCUCCUACAUCCAAAACCAAAUGAUUUCGACAAURAAUUCCUACAUCGAGAAAUUUUAUUUGAAUAAAAUGUAUUGUGAAAAUCCGUUGUGUCGCAAGGAAACUAAAAGAGUUUCGUUGGAUUCUUCAGGAAGAGUUCCGUUUUGUAAAGCUUGUAAUUCAGUUUUGGUCAAGGAAUAUUCUGGUUUAAGCCUAUUCACGCAAAUUACGUAUUUCCAAUACAUUUUCGACUUGACUAAAUUGAAUAAAAUACCACUAAUGGAGCUUCAAAUCGAAAAAGCUUAUAACGAAAUCAAGGAAACUGUAGAAAAGCGUUUCGAAUUUUGUGGCUUUUCGACUAUUAAGUUGGAAAAAUUGUUUUCUUCGGUCGAGCAUAAGAAAAAGCAACUGGAGGGUGAAGACAACCCUGAUUUUAUGAUGGAAGAAAGUUUGCUUAAUCUCAUGUUGGAAGAGGAGUAA